AGCACUCCAAAUUAAAUUUUCUGACCCCGCUCGUGUUAGUCUUUCACAAACUCUUUAAGUUCAUUGGUUUUUCUUCCAGACAGGUUCUCCCUCCUCUCUCUCUCCACCUUCAUCUUCCAAGUUACAGCAGCCAUGGGUUGUUGCAUCAAACCGCGCACGCAGGCAGAUAUGGUCUGCACGGAGUUUGAGAUCAAUCUUAUCUCAGCCAAAAAUCUUAAAGAUGGAAAAGUUUUCAGUAGGAAAGUUUAUGCUAGGGUUUCAAUUGGUGGUGGCACAGAGAAGCAAAGUUGGGUGGACACGAAUAACGGGACCAACCCUUCAUGGCAUUUCAACACCAUACACACCAUAGAUGAGUCCUCGGUCCAAAACCCUUGCACCAUGCUUGUCAUCAAGUUAUACAGUCAAAGGUGGAUUGGGGACCGAUACAUCGGUGAGGUUCAUGUGUCACUGAAAGAGCUCAAAGAUCAAGCGCCAAAAGGUAGCAACACAGUGGAUUACAAAGUGAAAAAAGGAUCAGAAUAUUCGCAGGGAACGCUGAAAUUUUCAUACAGGUUUGGGGGAACCAUGAAGGCUGAUGAUGACGAUGAAAAGCCUAUCAGCUGCAAGAGAGCAUUACAUGGUGCAGUUAUGUUAGCUUUCAGCACGUCACUUAACUUUCUGUUUGGAAUUCCAAUAUAAUUUGGAUUGAGGUCUGCGGAGUACAAGAGAGAGAUUACGCUGGAGAGGAUCCGCUUCCAUUAAUUAGAAUGGUAUUUCUCUCAUUGGUUGUUAUUAGCUUUUUUUUUUUUUU